AUGUCUGCUAAAAUCUUCUCUAUCUUAUUCAUCAUUGUUCUCUUUGUUGGAAUUUCCAUGGCUGCUUGUCCAUCCGGAUGGGAUCUCUGUGGUACCAAAUGUUACAACCCAUUCCAAUCUGACUGUAACUGCGGAUCCGUUGUAUGCUCAAAGGGAUUAUAUCCAUGCAAGACUUUAUGUGUUCCCGCCUCGAAUCCAUGUGCUGGAACUUGCCCAUAA